CACCUGUACCUAAUUAGUUCCCUACCCUGACAACGUGGCGGAAAAUCAACUGACUAAAGUAUUGCAUUUCCUACUGAACUGGCAAAACUGGAUAGUACCUGAUGCGUGAAAGAAAGACCCGGCCAAGUUUAAUUCAAUCGCCGUUGUAAAUUCGUUACGUUGAAAAAGGUUAAUAACAUCCUUUAUCAAUCCAAUCUCCGGAAACAGGACAGUAAACAUAAUGAGCAACGGAGUUUCCCCGUUCUAACUCUACUGGAUUUCUUUGAUGGCGGGUGAUUAGUAUGUAGUCCAGUCGUCUCGGAGUUUGAAUGUUGUCUGACCACGACUUGGCCGCGACCCAGACCCACUGAAUAGGCGCUUUUCAGAGUCGGUUAAAGACAGUUUGUUCGGGGCUACCGUUGCUGCAGUUGCACUUGAAGGUGCACCGCCACUGUGCCAUAAAAUGAAGAACACCUAUUCGCCAGUGGCUGCCAGGUUAUCGCCGAAGGGGGGCUUUGGAGCAGGGCUGGCGCGUCGUCGCAGUGCUUCCAAGAGGCACGAAGACUACUCGUUCUCCUCGGAUGCGUUGUCCCCACUGGCGGAGAACGCAGGUGGAGGGGCGGUGCUAACCUCCAGCAGCCCAAUCAGGAACUCCCUCGUCUGCAGCUCCACCCCCAACUCACACAGCAUGAUGGACUCCUCCCACUCGCACCACGGUGACCGGCCUGUCAGCUACAGCUCCACCUCUUCCUCCGCCUCUUCCCGGGACAGCCACUGCUCAUUGGGUGGCCGCUCCAUACUCGGCCCCGCCCCAGAACGCGACCGGGACGCCGGGGCCAUCCGAUUGGAGCUGGUGCCCGCCCGUCAGCUGGCAGGUGCCGAUGAGGAGGAAGGGGAGAAGGGGGAGAGGCGGGCCCCUCCGGCGCAGACGCGACGCACAGACGCAGACGCAGACGGGGCGCGGACGCCAGAAGGGGAGGGGGGGCCCAAGGUGGCCUAUGUGGACCGGGUGGUGCAGGAGAUUCUCGACACGGAGAGGACUUACGUGCAGGACCUGAGGAGCAUUGCACAGGACUAUCUGGAUUGUAUCAAUAAUGAUCCACGCUUACUGCUUGGGGUCGAGGAGAGGACAGCUCUGUUUGGAAACAUCCAGGAGAUCUACCGUUUCAACAGUGCUUUGCUUCAUGAUCUGGAGAAGUGCAAUGCUGACCCUGUGGCCAUCGCCGAGUGCUUCGUAGCAAAGAGUGAGGAGUUCCGUAUCUACACACAGUAUUGCACUAACUACCCAAGGUCUGUGGCUGUAUUGACUGACUGUAUGAGGAAUAAGACUGUGGCUAAGUUCUUGCGUGAGCGCCAGGAGUCCCUCAAACACUGCCUCCCCCUGGGUUCUUACCUGCUCAAGCCAGUACAGAGGAUCCUCAAGUACCACCUCCUGCUGCAUGAGAUAGCCAACCACCUUCCUAAGGACACAGAAAUGUAUGAGGCGGUGUUGGAGGCCAUAGACACCAUGCAGAGAGUCGCGUGGCACAUCAACGACAUGAAAAGGAAACAUGAACACGCCGUACGCCUGCAGGAGAUCCAGAGCCUGCUGACUAACUGGAAAGGGCCGGAUCUAGUGGGCUACGGCGAGCUGGUUCUGGAGGGAACGUUCCGGAUCCAGCGGGCCAAGAACGAGAGAACAUUAUUCCUGUUCGACAAGCUGCUGCUCAUCACCAAGAAGAGAGAGGAGACAUACACGUACAAGGCACACAUUCUGUGCGGUAAUUUGAUGCUGGUAGAGGUCAUUCCUAAAGAACCCCUCAGCUUCAGUGUCUUCCACUACAAGAACCCCAAACUACAGCACACAGUCCAGGCCAAAUCCCAGCAGGACAAGCGCUUAUGGAUCCUUCACCUGAAGAGACUCAUCCUGGAGAACCACCCGGCCAAGAUCCCAGCUAAGGCCAAACAAGCCAUUUUAGAGAUGGAUGCAGCUCAUCACCCAGGUUUCCACUAUAGUCCUGAUGGAGAGAACAAAAGCUCCGUCCACCCCAAAGAAGGCCCCUCCCCCCGACGUGUCCGCAGGAAAUCAGAACCUCUGUCCAAACUACUGAAGAACUCCAAACAAGCUGUGGCCAGUCCAGAUGUACAAAAGCGCUCCAGUUUAGGAGCUACUUUGCUCACUCCGGUGAUGAGCCUGGGCUCCAUUGGUCGUUCCCGUAGCCUCGUCAGCCAAUCGCACGAUUCUUUGGACCCCACUGACCAUGGUGACCUGAGUGACCGGGAGGAUGUAGAGGGACCCCACCAGCAGGAUGCUGAUGAUGAGGAUGACAGUGGAAUGGGCUUAGGGAAGAGGCUUAAAGUGCCAGGGAAGAGCAGUAGAAAACGACUCAAUCCUCAAGUGUCUGUGGACUGCAUCGACCGCCUCAGAGAACACAACCAUUCAGACCUGCAGACGGCCAAAGAGUCUCUCCAGAUGGACCCGAGCCACUCCCCCGUCCUACAGGUGACGAGUCCCACGGAGUCGCCAGCCGAAGCCCACGUCACUAUGCCCAACAUCUGGGCAGACCACCGGGUGCGUCGCGCCAUGUUCCCCACCCGCCAGCAGACCAUGCAGGUGGACGAUGACGAGGACAUAUACCAGAUGUUCGUGCCUCCAGAGACUAGUGCUGAGCAGGAGAGCGACCGCGAUUCCACUGAGUCGUCGUCUGGUCGCCCCGGGCGACCCUGCAGCUGGCACGUGGAGCAGACGACAGCGCCAGCGACGCUGCACUUGGACCUCCCAGCCAGAGGGGGCAGAAGCGUGCUGCGCCGGGCCAGCAGUGUAGGUGAACAGCAGAGCGAGGCAAACAUGAAACCCCACAACCAUGGGGUGGUCAAGGAAGACUUGCACCACCACAAUAGUCACGGUGAAUCCUCAAGCAAUGAAAUCUCGGGUUCAUCAUCGGCCGAGCAGCUGACCAUCGACGACAUUGAGAAUGUCUACGACAACAUCAGCUUCGAGGAGCUGCAGGCCAUGGGACUCAUGCGAAGGGAGUCGGAUGUCGGCGGUGGCAACAGGCCUGGCCCCAUGGGGGUGUCACAGGUCAAAGGUGGAUCAAACCCCCCUGUGGUAGAACCCAGUGGUUCAUUACCAUCGGAGAGUAAACGGUCCUCCACUCAGGAGGGGGCAUUAGUGGAUACAUGCGAACUGAAGAUAGUUGAGGAAGAGGAGGGCAUCUAUGACACGAUCACCUUCAUCGUGCCUCCUCUACCUUCACGAUGCCAGAAACCAGAAGCAGAAGUAGACUCGAUGGCUGGACAUGACAGCACGAUCCUUAGCUCCAUCAUGGACUUCUCCGUCGACGAGAGCUUUGGGAUGGGAGUGUCUGCUUCUGAGGAGAGCCUCCUGCGACUGGAAGACGACGACCGCUCGUAUGUUCGCACAUCAUCGCCUGCCGCGGUCAAGGAAACCAGCCCACGCUCAUCCACGGCAAACUCCGAGAGGAGCAGACAGCAGAAACAGCAGCAGCAGCAGAGGCGUCCCAGUGCAGCAUCAGACCAAAUGUCGGAGCAGGUGGACGCCAUUUGGAACGACCUGGAGAACUACAUCCGCGACAAUGAGCGCAAAGCCGACAAACUACCCGCUGCAUUCCCAGUGUCUGCGCACGACUCUGCCGCCAAGUGCCGCUCGGCAACCUCCUCGCCACAGAAGAAGCCGCUUUCUGCCAAAACCAACCCCUCGUCCUCGCCGCUGACUCGGUCCAUGAGCCCGCCCAGCAGCUUUAAGAUCCCCAGCCUGAAGAUCCCAGAGCUGAGGAGGGAGUACUCCUUUGAGGUCGAUGAGCCACCCUCUCUCACUCCUACCCCUUCACCCUCUCCUGCACCCACCCCAUCUGAACCAACGUCCCACCCUGCCAAGGCAACCUCUAAACCGCCUCCUCUAAAAUCCUGCACCUCUCAGCCACUUCCUAAAGGUUCUGAACCCUCGCAACCCCUCCCUCCAAAACAAAAAUCAACUCAGCCACCUGCUCAGGCCCAACCGCUCCCACCGAAGCCUGUCCAAACUCAGCCACUUCCGCCAAAACCUACCCUGAAACAAGCAUCAGCCCCAACCCAAGUUCCCCCAACAACAAUAGCCCAGACUCACCAAGUUGCCCCAACAACAACAGCCCUAAUGCAUCCUCUUCCCCCAACACCCACUCAAGUUCAAACUCACCCCACAACCACAACCACACCCCAGCCUCACCCACCUCUUCCAACACCCUCCCCAUCCGAGCCCCUUCCCCCAGCGUCUAUCCCUUUCAUCAACGUCACACCCGUCAUCCCAGAGCCCCCUCCAGCUGGCACCGUCAAGAGUAUCCGCAACAAGCUCGCCCGCCUGAGCAGUGGAAGCUUCCGGGUGGAUGACGAGGACGAGCUGGGUGACCUGAGUGCCCCUAUGGCAGGGGCUCCGCCGUCCUCUAUCCAGAAGGACUUUCACAGCCUCUUCCCAGGGCUGGAGGGCUCGCUCUUCCCGCCGGACCUGCUGCACGAGGAGGCCAGUGACCAGCUUGGGGACCUGGACAAGAACAAGAACCGGGUGUUCCUGAUGGCUCGGCAGUACAGCCAAAAGAUCAAGAAGGCCAACCAGCUGCUGAAGAUGAAGAGCAUGGACCAUGAGCCCAGCUGCGUACGCUCCAGCUCCAGCUCGCGCUCAAAGCCCAAGGACCUGGCAGCCAUCUUGGAGGAGAAGAAGCAGGGUGGAGCUGCUAUAGGAGCAAGGAUUGCCGAGUACUCCACGCUGUAUGAUCAGGUCAUGUUUAAGGAGGCCCCAGCAGCUUUAGGCUCUCAGAGACACGGCCCAGGGGGCAGACUGUCUGUGCCCCACGGGCCCCGUCUGGCCUCCUCGCCCUCCCUCCCCGAAAGCGCCACCCUAGAGGGCGCCUGGCUGAGCUGCACCUACAGCAACGGCGAGCUGGCGGAGUUCCUGUCCUGGACCCGUGAGGUGCCGGAGCAGCCGCACACCUCCACCCCUCAGAAGAAGCUUGCACCAGCCAGCUCAGUCCCGGCCCUCAAGGACCUCCCGCCCUCUCCCUCCAGCCCACCCAAUCAGCGCUGGAGCACCUGUGUGACCACGCCCACGAAAGACGACCCUGAGCACAUCUAUAGCACGGUGGGACUGAGCUCUGCCCAUUCCCCGAAAGACCCGCCCUACACCCGCUGUCAGUCCUCGUCCUCAUUGGCUGAACAGCCCAAGAAAGAGAACAGCGGGGGCAUUGCCAACCACAAGGAAGACGGGUCACGAGAAGGUCAAGCAGGGAUCGCAAACGUAGCGACAAACGGACGUGGUCUCGGCCCCCGGCAGCACAGCUUGCCGGAAUGCCCCCCUUCCCACGGGGACCCGGCAGCCUCUGUCCUCACGCUUCGCGACUCACAGCAGGUUCUGGUGCUGAACCGCGUCCAACCACUGGGCACGCUCACUGCAACCCAGAACUACCUGGCCAACUUCCAUGACAACGGCGAUGAUGACGACGAUUACGUGGAAAUCCGCUCGGAGGACGAGAGUGAGGUGGACCGAGGGCGCACUCAACAGACCCGGAGCCUGCCCUGCAGCCCUGUCAAGAGCGGACAUGGAACCGCCGCCGAAAUGAGCCGAGAUCACCUGAAGGACUACCUGUGGAACGAGCCGGAGAGCCACGAGCAGAGCCUGGCCCAGCAGAACAUCGUCCAGUCGCUUCGGGAGAAGUUCCAGUGUCUCAGCUCCAGCAGUUUUGCCUGAAGGGGGCGCUCUACUACAUACUUCAUACUACAACCACGGUGCCACCAAAAGCACACUACAUAGGGCACUCUGUGGGCUUCACACUAAGGAAACGCCAUGGAAACAAGACUUACACAAGACACGCUAUUAGAGAACACCCAAAACACUUACAGCCCACAAACUGACUUAGAUUCACAUCUGGUGGAAGUACACUGGCAGCAUACUAUGUUACAUAAAGGAAUAUAUUUAUAGCAAUGUACUUGUUCAAUCUAAUGUCACUAUGCUAGCUGAACAAGACACACAUAAAUGCAACACAAAAGACACACAGAAUAUGUAAACUAUACAAAAAACCAAACUGCAUAAUACAGACCAAAUACACUAAGAUUCACGUUGCACCUCAAAUAUAACACACGACUGAUAGUACACUGACACCUUGACACGUUCUUACACUCAACCUUCAAUUAUUUUGAUGAGAUGACACGACAGUUUAUCUUUUAGACAUACCAAGUCCCAAAUUUUGCUUAUACAAUGCAAGUAUUAGAAUGUAUAUCUGCUUAAUAUCAGCUGUCUGUGUGUGUAAAAUAUGAAUUUGUUCUGUCUUUUUUUUUAUUAACUGUUUACUCUCUGUUACAGUAUCUUAAUUUGAGACAACCUCUUAGGUCAAACAGCUUUCCUUUAGUCCUCUCUCUACAUCACACACACACACACACUCACACACACAAACACACAGGAAGAUGUUUAUUUUAAGGCAGGAUCUGCUAAUUCAGUUGAAGAUUUAAUUUCAAAGAAACAAAACAAAGGUCGACACAUGGACACUCUUGGACUUUGUGUAAUUUCUCAGAAAUGUUCCGGGGGCACCUGAGUCAGUGAGUCCUACCUGGUCUAGGAGUCUGUGCAGCUGAUUCACUCAUGGUUUAAAGGGACAAGACUUUUAAAAAGCUCAGUUUUAAGCUGUAGUUUUAAUUCACACAACAGCCUGUACAUAGAUGCUAUUUUAGACCUCAUGUUGUUAGCCAAGCGAGACUUGGUAUCCUAUCAGAUGCAGACCUUAUAUAUUUCCUUUUGAACAGUGGGCAGUGACAGGAUAAUUUUAACGCCCAUUGGGGGUUGGUUAUAGCAUACUAUUUAUCAGCUGAAGUUUUAAACAAAGAUUGUAGCGUUCCUAUUUAAGUAAUUGAAGAUCCCCUUCAUAGAAUCAACAUGAGUAGGCAUAUUUGACGAAGGUGACUCUUACCUCUUAGUGUACAUGUGUAGACUGAAGUAGACUUCGUGCAGACUCCUGUACCAACCUGUGGCACAAAAGCAUCACCAGUCAGGUCAGCUUAUCUGUAUUGAUUAGGCCACUGGUGUGAGCAUCCAUGGAUUCAUAACAAAACUGAAAAAUGAACUAACAAUAACAAAUGGCACAGAGACUGGGUCUGUGCACCAUUUUAGUGUGUCAGUUUUAUCAGCCUGUGUGUGUGCUUUGCCACGCAAAUUUUAGCUAGAGUUGGUCAGUAGCAGUGCGAUUCAGUCCCCCUUGCAAAGACAUAGUCUUUAGACCACCUCAGCAGCCUUACCUUCAUACCUGAAGCGUCUGUGUGCAGUAAGGGAUCACCCUUUUAACACUUUACAGAUCCAAGUGAACUCAGUAGCGAUCUAUUUUAAACUCCGUGAACUAGAUAGCAUUAUUUUUCUAGGUUGCUCCAAAUGUGCAUAGUUUGACGAAGUAGGCCUAAGCUCUCCAAGGCAAUACUUCUUAAGGCGUUCUGCUUUUCUCUUAAUGUUAGCAUACCAGAGGGACCAGGAGCCUGUAUUGAAGGUUUACGUCGCCAGUUGUUUCUGAUGUAUCCUCUACUGCGGCUUUACCCACUGUUGGAUAUAUGUCCAUUUGUUUCUUUGUUGCUUAAAUUUGGUUUUGUUCCUGUAACAGUCCCUCCCCAUCAGUCACCUCUUUGUAAUAACUACUGAUUAACAAUCUCCUGUUCACACGUCUUCAAACAACACUCAACAGUCACUUUAAUUAAUGUUCUUCAAACCCACACACGUACACACGCAUGCACAUUCAUCGUCGUUUGUGAUGGUCUGACUGGCUUCAGACUCAACACUCGGCCUAUAUUUUGUAGACACUUUUGCAAGCCCAUACACACCAUUUGUACAGGUCACCUUUUGUUAAAAAAAGUUAGUCACACGGACUAGAUUUUUUUUUCUUGUCUUUUCAUUGCCCAAAUCAUGUAGCUAUACACUGCAUUUGUUUUCUCAGCACGUUCACACAACCUCAUGUGCACAUUCACUUCUGGUUUGAUGCAUAUGGCAUUUGGUCCCACAGUUCCCUUCUAUGUUUAUUAUUGAAAAUGUAUUUAUUUAUGUGAAAAAGCCCAGUGCCCUGGUAUAGAAUCCACAACCCAAGUUUGUAAAUUAAUAAAUAAUAAUGACAAAUAUUUAUUUAAUAGUUUUCUCUUCAAUAGUGUGACAAAUUUGGUUAAUGUGUUUACUGUGAAUUUUACCUUUUUUUCUUUAAGCACUGUUAAAGAUUUCUUUUUAUUUCUUUUUUUUUACCAUUCUGAAAUAAUAAAUUAGUUUUAAAUAAUAACAAUGUCUUGGCCUACUGUUAAUAUUAAUGUAAAUAUGCCAAACACAUUGGAAUAUGUUAUGAAGUAUGUUUAUUUUCAUGGUUGUGUUCAUGUGUACAUUUUGUUUUAAGUUUCACAGGUGGGGACUGUUAUCCUUGGUUUAAAUCACCUCUUUUUGCACUUUUUCAUUUGUAUCAUUUUGUUUUGUUAACAUUUUGUAAAGAUGUACAUUUUAGGAUUGUUGGUGUCAUGCUAUAGGUUUGCUCUGCAAUGAUUUAAAGUUUAAAUUAAAUGUACUGUACUUUUUUAACUGCCUAGUUGUCAUUGCUCAAGAAAGAAAUGUAUUUGAGGCAAUAAAUAAAAGCUGACUUAAAAUGA